AUGGGCACUCGUGCACAGCCAAAGCGAAUCGAGUCCGACAUGACAACGAAGGAGACCGACCACCAGUGGUUGCCUGGUGAUGGCGCAGGAGAAAUCGGACCAGCGUUCAGCUCUGGCAUCAUCUACAUGUCGUUCCAGAUCCAGCAGACGGCCUUCUGGUCGGUCGGGCAUCACCCGGGCAUGCCUCCUCAUACCGGAUGCCCCGACCUUGGUCUGCCGUGUCGCGUUCCUCUUGGCAAAUCCGACGUCAACCUCACGAGUUUGUUGCUCUAUCUUAACGCCAUUGGCUUUGGUGUUGGCGGAUUCGUCACGCUGUUUGUAUGCGCCUGGGGCGACCACAUGAGAUAUAAACGCGAACAAUACAUCUUCCUCGUCAUCAUCUACGGUGCUCUAUGUCUCCCUGCGGCAGGUCUGACUGUCUACAACCUGUCAAACUACUAUGGCUUCAUCUGGCUCUAUACCAUCUUUGGCGUGGUCGGAUACCUCGUCAUUGCAUGGGGCAACAUCUUUAUCCCAUACACAAUGCAGGCCGCCGCUCCUAUCGAGGAUCUCUCAGCGCAGGCCAGGCUCGAUGCCCUCGACAAGAUUGACGGUGAGGGUCGCAAAGAGCUCCGAGCCAAGCGAGAGAUGGAGGGACUCAAGAUAUCCGUUGGAGGCACCGUGGCGCUCAACGUCGCCGUCGUGCUGUUCAACGUCAUCACCAUUGGCAUCUCUUACGCGACCAUGGAUGCCCAGAAGAAUGCGGGGCUGUACAUGACCACCGCGUCGGGGGCUGUCUGCAUCAUUUGUGCCCUCCUCGGGUGGCCAUUUCUUCCGUCCCCGGCACCCAUCGCGUAUGAAGGCAGGUGGUGGUUGCUGCCAUUCACAGUUUUUGCCAGCCUGUGGAGAGGUAUCAGCAAGUAUACAAACGCCAUGCUGUUCCUCGUUGCCUACGCCAUUUGCAACGACUCCCUCUUCGCCUUUAGCGCUGUCACGAGUCAACUCUUCAACUUGACUGUUCGCCCAUCCAUCCGUGAAUUCACCGCCUACAAUGUGGCUGGCAGCAUCACGACUGUCCUCGGUUCGGUCGUGUUCAUGUACGUGUUUCCACACUUCAAGAUCACCCUCCGUCAAUGGGCCAUGAGCUCGUACUCCCUCGUCAUCUUUUCUGCCUUUUGGUGCUGCCUGGGCAUGAGCGACAAGGUGGCCAUUGGUUUCAAGCACCGCGCAGAGUUUUACGUCUUCCAGGUGCUCGUGUCGCUCGCAGGCGCCAUCCUCAACCCCCUCUUCCGCGUUCUCUUCCCCGAAAUGUUCCCCAAGGGAAACGAAAUCCAAUACUUUGGCUUCCAACUGGUCUUGUCAUGUGCCACGGCAUGGAUCCCUCAAGUCGUCAAUGGGCCGAUUGUCGACAAGACCAACAACCAGCGCCUCCCAGCGGUCGUCGCCCUCGUCUUCUUUCUCAUUGCGCUCGGCCUUACAUGGUGGUGCAAUGAUGUUGAAGGUAUCGCCAUCAUUCAUAGAGAGGAGGUCGAGGAGCUGGAGAAGCAGGCAACUGUUGAAGGGCAUGCUCCAUUGCUUGUCGAAAAAGUCACCGAGGCCGCUGGCAGAACAAAUACCGUCUGCAGCGAUUUCACCAGCCAAGCACCCACCUAUCUCCCAAACAUCAUGUCGCCCACUGCUGUUGCCGACCCCGUUCCCGCCUCCAAGGCGGUAGCUGGUCUCCACCUCGUUCCCGGAACAGAGUCUCGCCAAUACCACUCGACCAAGGAGAGCAUCUAUGCUCUGCCGGCGGACGGACAAGAAUAUGACCGACUCGAGCAGCAGCACCGGCUCAUUAUGUUGCUGUUCAAUGGUCCGGUGGCUUCGGCGCCUGUUCGUGACUUGCUUGACACCACCGGCGGCAAGGUGCUCGAUGUUGGCUGUGGACCUGGCAGCUGGAUCAAGGAUGUCAAGCAAGCUUUCCCAAAGGCCGAGUGUCAUGCCACCGACUUUGUGGCUGACACGUUCAAGCCAACGGCAGCCAACGACAUUGACUUUGUGGUCGGCAACGUCCUCACUGGCCUCCCAUACGAAAACGACACGUUCGACUUUGUCCACAUGCGCUUCUUCACCGGCGCGCUGAAGAAGGUCGAGUGGCCGGUGGCUGUUAAAGAGCUUGUACGCAUCACCAAGCCCGGUGGCUGGAUCCAGAUGGUCGAGCCAGACGGUCGUAUCCGAAGUGAACGGGGCAUCACGCCUGCCAUCGAGGAUUGGAACACACGUGGAAUGCGCGGAUCUCUGCUCAAACGUGGCGGAGAACCCAACGCGGGUCCUAGUCUCGCCCAGUUUCUCACCAGUGCGGGGCUUGCCAAUGUCGAGGACAUUGUUGCAUCGGCUCCGAUGAACUCCAAGGCUGGCGCGAUCGGCGAGCACAUGGUCAAAGACUACCGCAGCCUCAUCACCACGCUCGCACCGAUUCUCUCGCAGUCUUGGGGCAUCACUCCAGACGCUGUGGUCGAGUGGGGCUUUGGUGUCAUUGCUCAGAGCGAAACGCUUGAAGGGUUCCACAACUUCCAUACCGCGUUCGGACAGAAGCCGUAGGGAAUGCGAAUGCACUGUUCGGAGUUGGUCGGAAGCCGAGUGUCUGGGUGUUAUCUCUCCGCCCUAUCCCUCCGCUCGGCGACUUUGCUCAUACUUUGCCGCACACAUGUGUCUAGCUGAGACAAGCCGUCAUGCCAACGUGCUGCGAACAUCGUCUCCGCGCUACGUAGCGUAGUGCCUAACACUGACGAGGCCCGCGGGAUUCCUUCUGUUGGGCACACUAGGCGCCAGUGCUUGAUUUCCGGAAGAUAUCUAAAACAAACCUGGUGGUAGAUCCUGGAUGC